ACUAUUAUGCCUCUUACUUCUACUUCUGCUUCCACUCACACUCCCCUUCACUCUCUCUCUCUCUCAUCAUUUAAUGGCUUCUACCUUUUGGUUCAUCUUGGUGCUCACCAUGGCCUUGGUGACUACACCUUCACUCUCUUAUUACACUUCUUCUCACCUAAAAUUAGCAGCUUCAACCAUUUCGGCGGCGCCUUCUUUUCUUCCAGAUUCGCCGCUAUCUUCUCCGCCGGCGUUGUCCCCUGACAUUACCCCCUUAUUGCCUUCUCCUGGUGGUUCUGCGCCUUCACCAACAGGGUCGUCUUCCAUCCCCACUAUUCCUUCCAGCCCCAGUCCACCGAACCCAGAUGAUUCGGCCGCUGCAGCACCAGUUGGCUACGCAGUGUCCGCACACGCACCUUCUCCAUCUCAGCCAAUGUCGUCCUCCAUCUCUUUCUUGCCUAAUUCACUUGUGAAUCUGGGAUUGUUGCUGUUCUGGACCUUCUGGUUUGUGCAGCUUUUGGCGAAGUGAGUCAAUGCAAGGAUGGGAACUUCAAAUUAUUGUUCUUUUUUCUUUUUUCCACUUUUUAGCUUAAUGCUUGUAGAUUUCUUUCUUUCUUUAUUUUUUUCUUAAUUUUUAGUUAAUAAUGUUGGUAGUGGCAUUAGGUACUCUGUAUUUGCAAUAUAUAUUGUAUUGUCACUGUUUCCUUCAGAAAAAUCCUCUCUUUUCCGUCACCGUAAA